GUUUAUGACAGACCACAAAAACAUUCUGCUCUGCACUAUGAUCCAGGUCUCCAACUGGACUUCAUGAGUGACACCUUAAAAUCAAAGCACCAGCAGAAGAGUAGCAACCAGAACCAUUUUGACUGGUCAGCGAGCUCUGAUAGCAGAUCCACAUCUCAAAGUUGCUUUGUCAAUACAGAACCCAUUAGAGAAGCAGUUAUUGCCACCAAGGUCUCCCCUCUGGAGCCAGGAGUUUCCUUCAACAAAUCCCAGGUAAAGAAGUCCUGCGCCAGCAGCAUGUGGGGGCAGCUGUCAGCCAGUAGUAAAGAGCUUGCCAUUUGCAGUGCAGUCCCAUCACCCAACAGCAUCAGCACGGUGACCCAGCCAAGCAGCGCCUCUGAGUGCAAUGGGCUUUCGCCUCUUGGUGAUCAAGAGGGAGGUGUGCAUCUGGAAGCCCCCAAUUGGCCCACUGGGAGUACAAAGAAGUCCAGCAAACAGGACUUGAUAAGUCAAACUAUCCAAACCACAGACAUAGAGUGGGUGAAGAGUGCUCAGAAAGCAUUUGACAGCAAAUCCUAUUACAGCAUGGAAGGAGAAAAGGACAGUGUGUUGGAUACAUCACCCUCGAAGCAGAAUUCCACUUCUGCUAGCAGUUGUGAAAGUGUCACCAGUCAUGUACAAAUUACUAUCCCAAUAAAGUCUCCAAUAACAGAUACAUCUGGCCAGAAAAGGAAAAAAAGGCACUCCACAAAAUCUUUCAUAGAGAAAACUAUCCAAAUGAAAAACCUGCCUUCUGGACUUGCUAUGAGCAGUGAAGUAACAAACAGGACUAGCUCUCAACCAGAGAGGAGUAAAAAGGAUCUUCAAGCCACAAAGCCAGGAAAAGUGAUUGAAAAUGAGUCCCCCUUAGUAGCUAUUGACAGCGGUGUGCUCACUGACAAAGCUUCCACCAACUGUGCCACCAGACUCAGAAAAUCUGUAUCAUCCACUCUCAUACCCACCAAUCUUCCCACAGCUGGCAAAUUAUCUGAGGUCCAGCACCCCAAACAUGCAGCUAAGCAACAAUGGACCUGCAGCAAACCUAAAUCUAUUCUUCAGGAGACCUCCAUGAUGACAACUGACAAGCUGAUGGUGGAGCCUCCUUCAGCUUAUCCCAUCACACCAUCCAGUCCUCUUUAUACCAAUACAGACAGUCUUACUGUGAUCACACCUGUCAAGAAAAAAAGAGGACGACCAAAGAAACAGCCUUUGCUCACUGUUGAAACCAUUCAUGAGGGAACAUCCACCAGCCCAGUGAGUCCAAUCAAUCACAAAUUUCCAGGAACAAAGAAAAGGAAGAGAAGAAGGAAUCUGGACAAGUUGUCCCAGAUGGUUCCAGGAGAGGACAAGUCCGUAAAUGAACACGAGUUUCACAAAAAAGUCGGGAAUCUUGGGGUCUUGAAUAAGAAGACCAUCAAGACCAUUAAUAAAAUGAAGACCCUCAAGAGGAAGAAUAUUCUCAAUCAGAUCUUGUCCUCCUGCUACAGCAGCAUAGCUCUGAAAGCAAAAGUCCAGACACUGUCUAGUGCUGGGUCAACCACCAUUGAUGCCAGACUAGGGAAGCAGAUCCAUGUCAGCAAGAGGGGGACUAUCUACAUUGGUAAAAAACGGGGCAGAAAGCCAAGAGCAGAGCUGCAGACUCAGCCAGAAGAACCUAAGACAACCAUUAAGCACUCAAAGCCUGUUUCCAGCCAGCCAGAAAACCCAGCAGUGCCUUCCAACCUGCAGUCACUUGUGUCAUUGUCACCAGCAGCUAUUCAUCCGCUUUCAACACAGUUAGUGGGGACUAAUGGUAACCUUAGCCCUACAAGAACUGAAACAAAUUUUUCAGAGUUAAAAACUAUGCCGAAACUUCAACCUAUCAGUGCUCUUCCUACAAAAACCCAGAAGGGAAUGCAUAGUGGAACUUGGAAACUGUCUCCACCCAGGCUAAUGGCUAAUUCACCUUCCCACCUUUGUGAAAUAGGCUCUGUGAAAGAAAUCACACUGUCACCAGUGAGUGAGUCUCACAGUGAGGAAACCAUACCAAGUGACAGUGGGAUAGGUACAGACAGCAACAGCACUUCAGACCAAGCUGAGAAAAGCUCAGAAUCCUGCCAAAGAUACUCCUUUGAUUUCUGCACUCUGGACAAUCCAGAGGCUAUCCCAUCUGACACCAGCACAAAGAACAGGCAUGGUUACUGGCAGAAACAUUUCAUUGCGGAUAGCUUUCUCUCUCAUGAGAGUAUUAAAAAGCCAAAGCACAAGAGGAAAAAUAAAAGCCUACAGAACAGAGAUGAUCUCCAGUCUAUCCCAUCCCAGCACAAAGAACAGGCAUGGUUACUGGCAGAAACAUUUCAUUGCGGAUAG